GUGAGAAGAUCUGAUAUGUAUAGAAAACAACCUGAAUCACUGGGUGAUCAACGUUUACCAAGGACUGAACUGCUGCUGCUGCUGCUGCUCCAGUCACUGGAUUCCAGGUUGACUGGACCUUCAAGACAAGAUGGUUUCAGAAGGUCAUUAAAGGUGGCAUAUUUGUAUGCAACGUCAUCAUUUGGGCCAAGAGGCAAAGAUCUUCUAUUGCAAGCAGAUGUGUGGCUGUAUUUCAUAUUCCUGAACUGCAGAGGUUGUAUCGAAUGCGACGGCGCUCGGAGCUCCGUGUGUGAGCAGCAGCGGCAGCAGCAGCGGGGAGAGAUGGUCGUGUUCCCGGAGCGGAGCCGCGGCCUGUGGCGGCUCACGGUGCUCCUGCUCUCCGUGUCGUCGCUGCCCGCGGCCACGGCGCUGCUGGAGGGGCUCUACUGCGGGACGGAGGUCUGCUACGACGUGCUGGGAGUCUCCCGGGAGGCCUCCAAGGCAGAGAUCGCAAGGGCUUACCGGCAGCUGGCCCGCCGGUACCACCCGGACCGGUACCGGCCCGAGGAGCCCGGAGACGAGGAGAACACCCACACGAAGUUCCUGCUGAUUGCUACAGCUUAUGAGACUCUGAAGGAUGAAGACUCGCGGCGCGACUACGACUACAUGCUGGACCAUCCUGAGGAAUAUUACCAGCACUACUACGCCUACUACCGCCGCCGCCUCGCCCCCAAGGUCGACGUCAGGAUCGUCAUCCUCGUCACCAUCUGCGCCAUCUCUGCUGUCCAGUACGUCAGCUGGUGCAGCAGCUACAACAAGGCCAUCAACUACCUGGUGACCGUCCCAAAGUACCGGAUCCAGGCCACUGAGAUCGCCAAGCAGCAGGGCCUGCUCAGCCGCACUAAGGAGAAGGGCAAGAACCGGCGCUCCAAGGAGGAAAUCCGCGAGCAGGAAGAGGAAGUGAUUCGUGACAUCAUCAAGAACAAGAUCGACAUCAAGGGCGGCUACCAGAAGCCGAGCCUGUCGGACAUCCUGCUGUGUAAGAUGGUUCUGUUCCCCUUCUACCUGAGCCGCUACGUGGCGUGGUACGCCCGCUGGGUGUACCGCUUCACCGUCUGCCGGGAGGAGUACGGCGAGGAGGAGAAGCUCUACCUCAUCAGGAGGAACAUGAAGCUGUCGCAGGCGCAGUUCGACAGUCUGGAGGAAAACGCCAAGCAGACGUUCCUGGAGAAACAGCUGUGGGUCCGAGAAAACUACGAGGCGUACAGGAAGGAGCGCGAGGAGGAGAUGAAGGCCAAGCUGGCGACCGACCCGAAGAUGAAGCGGUACCGCCGCUGGAUGAAGAACGAAGGCCCGGGUCGGCUGACCUUCGCAGACGACUGACGGCGGCGCCGUCCGUCCAGAACCAACACAGCUGCCUCAGCGCCGGCCCAACGCCCAGCCCGACCCGUCCCGGCCCGGCCCGGCCCGGCGCCGGUGGACUCCAGCCCGGCUGUUUGCAGCCGUUGCUACAGAUAUUUUCCUACAGACGCGCCUCAGAGUGACUGAAUAAACUGCGAGCUGAAGCUUGACGUAUUUCUGUACUCUAACAUUUUUAUCCCAUUAAAAGAAACAGAUCAAGUUUAUAUUUAAGAUUAAA